AUUGGGCACAUUUACUCAGGUACCUCGGAUCACUAUUCCACCAAAGCAGGCUUGGAUAUCUAGGCAAAGACAUACCGAGCCUCUUCGGCAAUAUGGAACUAGAUGGAAGGAGAGUGGAACAAGCCGUGGUAUCCCCACACAGAGGAAGAGACUGCGUCUUCGUGUGGACCCUAGUAGGCCUGAAUGCGUGUAGUUGAGCCCAUCGUCCGGGCACUCUGAUUCGAAGGGGAAGCAGUAAUAAAGACCAGCACGAUAUCUUCUAUUGACCAACUACCAAAGAAAAAAUUGACCCAACACCCUCACCUCAUAAACACAUAUCCGUCAUUUCAAAUCUCGAAUCCAGUCCACCCACCAUGUCGCCCGCAGCCGUAACCUCGACCCCUCCCAGCACAACCCCCCACACGAACGGAAAAUCGUCUACCAAACCCAUCAUAACCCCUUCUUCAACAACCACCUCCCAAAUCCCCGCAUGGGUCCAACCCGACCUCACCCGUCUCCUCCGCGUAGAGCACAACCCAGGCUCCUUCACCUCGCGCUCCGUCUCCCUUGUCAACUUGCCUCCCGGCGCAGUCUUCGCGCGCAUCACAAAGCCCACGCCAGCCACCGUAGCGUACUCCUCCGUCCAAGCCUCGCGCGACCUGCACAUCGAGCUGAACUGCGACCUCGUCUAUAUAAACCACAGCUGCAAGCCCAGCCUUGUAUUUGAUAUGCAGCGCUGGGAAGUCAGGGUGUCUGAACAGGGGGAGGGUCUUAAGGAGGGUGAUGAGUUGACGUUCUUUUAUCCGAGUACGGAGUGGAGUAUGGCUCAGCCUUUUGAGUGCUUGUGUAAGACGGAGGUGUGUGCGGGCGAGAUUAAGGGUGCGAAGGAUAUGGGGAGAGAGGUGUUGGGCAGGUAUUGGUUGAACGCGCAUAUUGAGGAGAUGCUUGCUGAGAGGGAUGGGCAGUAGGAGGAGGUUGAUGGGGAUGAGAGUUGUAACGAGGUGUAGAAGUAGAGCGUGAAGGAGUUGAGUAGAGGGCGGUUGCUG